AUGGGAUCCGACACGCCCACCGAAAAAGAUAUACAAACGAGCAGCAGCUCACCGAGUCAUGACCAAGAAGCCGGCGAGAUCGCCAGCGUCGGCGAAAGCGACGAGCUCCACCAUCUUGGCUACGAGCAGGAGAUGCACCGCAACCGAUCGGUGAUUACUCUACUCUUCCAAUCGCUCGCCAUCGCAGCUAUUCCCUACGGUGAAGGCAGUGCCCUACUCAGCGCUAUCUACGGCGGGGGUCCACUCUCCAUCUUCGUCGGAUGGAUUGUCGUCUGUGUACUCGAUCAAUGUGUCGCAAUGUCUCUCGCCGAACUAGCUUCACGCUAUCCAACCUCCGCAGGACCGUACUACUGGUCCUUCCAAAUCGCCCGCAGCAGCAAAACAACUGUCUCCUUUAUCAAUGCCUGGAUCUGGCUAAUCGGCAACUGGACCAUCACACUAUCCGUCAACUUCGGCUUCGCAUCUAUGCUCUCCGCCACUAUAUCAAUGUACCAUCCAGACUGGAGCGCUAACUCCUGGCAACUCCUCCUAAUAUUCUACGCCGUCUGCCUGGGCAGUCUAGUGAUCUGCACAUUCGCAAAUAAAUACCUCCCACAAGUAGACAUCGCCUGCGCAACCUGGACAGCCCUCACAAUCAUCGUCAUUCUCAUCGCCGUCUCCGUCAAAGCAGAUACAGGCCGACACUCCGCCUCCUACGCUCUAGCACACUACGACACCUCCUUCGCCGGCUGGGGCAACUUCACCUUCUUCAUCGGCCUCCUCCCAGCCGCCUACACCUUCUCCGCCAUCGGAAUGGUCUCCUCCAUGGCCGAAGAAGUAGCCCAACCAGCCAUCAAAGUUCCCCGAGCAAUCUCCCCUCGCCGUACCAUCACCCUCCCCCCACUGGAAGACAUCAUCAACUCCCCCGGCGGCCAAGCUCUCCCCUACAUCCUCCACGCCGUCAUGGGCUCCCCAGGCGGCGGUCUAGCCCUCGUCUUCCUCGUCCUCGUAAUCACCCUCUUCUGCAGCAUAAGCAUAACCGUCGCCGCAAGCCGCGCAACCUGGGCCGCAGCCCGCGACGACGCAAUUCCGCUCGCGAAACUCUGGGCCCGUGUACACCCCCGUCUCGGCGUGCCUGUCUGGUCCCUCGUUCUCCUGACAAUAAUACAAAUGCUCCUGGGAUUAAUCAAUCUCGGCUCGACGAGUGCGUUUACCGCGUUCGUGUCUGUGGGUGUUAUUGCGCUUGCGGCGGCUUAUGCGGUGCCUAUUGCGUUGAGUUUGUAUCAUGGUCGUGAGGAAGUUUCAAGGGCGCCGUGGAAUUGCGGGAAGUUUGUGGGUGUUACGGUUAAUGUGCUUGCGUUGGCGUGGAUUGCGUUUGAGUUGGUGCUUUUUAGUAUGCCCAUGGUUUUGCCGGUUACGCCGGUUUCGAUGAAUUAUGCCUCUGUGGUAUUUGUCGGGUUUAUGGCUAUUUCGGCCGUUUGGUAUGCUGUUUAUGCUAGGAAGCAUUACAAGGGUCCGCCAGAGUCAGAUGCGUUGUAG